UGUGUUAGGUUUUCUUUCAUUGUUAGUUAAAGUAAUGAUCAAUAUCGUCAAGACCGAGUUCCGCAUCCUUAAGACAGCGUGUGUAGGUCCGAGUGUGUGUGUGUAUCUACACACUAGCGUUAUCUGGUUCCGAAUGCCUGUUGAAUUGGACUAAAUGAUUCGGAUAAUACAGACGACGUGAUCUCGGUGUUUUUACGGUCCAAGUUUUUAAGUUUCAACUGCGUGUGAAGUGUCGAGGAUAUUUUUGUUUUUCUAAUUCCCGACUAAUUACUUAAUAAGCGCAUGAUAAUUAUAACAUAGUUCUUUUUCUAUGCAGUGUAGAUGUUGCAUUUUUUUCUUUCUUUCUUUUCGUAUUAUUUUCUUGUGUUAUGAGAUGGUGUCAGUGGUCCGCAGUUGGCAGUAACGUUGUGAGUCGGUGGUGCUGAUCUUGUGUUUCUAUGUAUACAGAGACAGGGCGAAGGCUAAGUAUAGUGUCUUGAUAGAAUGACAAUGGUGUCGGAAGGAAGGAAAAUAACUGCAAGUAAAAACAUCAACCUUCCCAUUUCGUUGCUAUAUACAGCACGUGUGGAGAAACGGAACAAACAAAAUAUAUUCCGAGCACUUUAAAACAACAACAAUAUCUUAGCUACGGAACAAAUAUACACCUUGAUAUUUAUUUUUUCAAAAUAAAAAAAAAAUGCCGCUGUUUGAUUCGCUGGUGCUGACGGAAGUGACCGACAUAGCGGGCAUAGAUCUUGCAUGCGGGAUGAGCUCCCUUCUGGAGGACGGCAUCUCAGUUCUGACCGGAACUGCCUUCGGCUCCCCCAAGAGGGAGAUUGAGGAAACAUUUGACACGUACUACGAAGACGAGGACGAGCGGAGCCCCGGGACCAGGGACCUGGUCGAGAACGGGUUCGGGCUCGGCCUUGACCUUAGCCUGGGAUUCUCGGAAAGGAUGAAUGUUGGUAUCACGGCGGAUAAAAGUUGUUCCACCAUUGAGUCUGAUUACGACUCUGACAGUGGCGGUAACAGACGUCGCAGAUCAACAGCAAUACCGAAAUCUCCAGAUGGCGAGUCUCAGAAUUUUUCAUUCAACCAAUCUGGUAGCAGAUCACAGUCCAGUGCAGCUUCUCAAACCCAGAAUGGCUCACAGGAGUGCGCCAUCUGCAGGGACAAGUCCACUGGCAAACAUUAUGGGGCUUUCAGUUGUGAUGGCUGCAAAGGGUUCUUCCGCCGCAGUGUGCGGAGAAAUCAUGUCUACGCCUGCAGAUUCUCUAGGAACUGCGUUGUGGACAAAGAUAAGAGGAAUCAGUGCCGUUACUGUCGGUUGCGAAAAUGUUUCCGAGCUGGCAUGAAAAAAGAAGCUGUGCAGAAUGAGAGGGAUCGUAUCAGUGUGAGAAGAACUAGCUACGAAGAUGCUGCACAAAAUAAUUCCUUGUCAGUUAACACACUGCUCAAUGCUGAAACCAUGUCUCGCCAACAGAUUGAUUUACAGGUAGCGCCCCAUGUUCUGUCUGCUGAUGUGCGGAACAGACGGUCUGCCACUCUGGAGGAUGUGGUGGAGUCCAUGAAACAACAGCUGUUAGUAUUGGUGGAGUGGGCAAAGUUGAUUCCGUGCUUCAGUGAGCUACCACUUGAUGAUCAGGUUGCUUUGCUAAGAGCCCAUGCUGGUGAGCAUCUUAUUUUGGGUGUAGCCAAACGGUCUAUACCGUUGUCUGAAGUCUUGCUUCUUAGUAAUGAAUCAGUCAUCACUAGGCAGAACAUAGACCCAGAUGUGAGCCACAUUGCCAGUAGAAUUCUGGACGAGAUCGUCUCCCCUAUGAGGGAUAUACAGAUUGAUGACUCAGAGUUCUCAUGCCUUAAAACCUUAGUCUUCUUUGACCCAAUUGCCCCUGGCCUGACCAAUAUAGCCAAGGUCAAACAGUUUCGCUACCAAGUCCAGGUCAAUCUGGAAGACUAUAUCAACGACAGGCAGUAUGAGAGUCGGGGUCGAUUCGGAGAAAUACUUCUGUUGCUUCCACCUCUGCAGAGCAUCUGUUGGAAGAUGAUUGAGCAGAUCCAGUUUGCUAAAUUGUUUGGGAUGGCCAGGAUUGACAAUCUAUUGCAAGAAAUGCUACUUGGGGGAUCCACUGCAGCAGAGGCGACAGACCCUGUAAAUAACCCAGUCCUCAACAGCCCUGGAAUGGUUGCUUCCCCACAGAUGGAGGACAUGAUGAUUACUUCCUCCAGGGAUGCCAUGAGCAUGAUCACAGGGGCGGGGAGCAGUGACUUUGAGGACCUCUCUAGCAACCCAAGCUUGGAGGCUAGCCACAUCAUGCUGUCUCUGGCCGAGCAAACUUUGGCUCGUCAGCAGCAGCUUAUGCCCAGCACAAUGGAAGACCUGGGUCAAGGACACUUGAAUGUAAAAUCAGAACACAUUUCACGCAUUCAAAGCCCGCAGUCCUCCAUCAUACUCAGCAAUGGGGAGCCACUGCCGAUGAAGUACAAGGUGACUGUCUCCCAGUCGUCAAGGUCACCGCACUUCAAACAAGAGGCCAUUUAGACUUGUAGUUUGAAUUGUUCUUCGUGUGAAAAAAAAAACUGCCUUCACAAAUGAAUCAAUUAAGUGAUCAAGUUAAUCUACUUAAUUCUGAAGACUUGAUAUCUGAAGCACAAUUUAAAACAAACACAAAUAAAGCAUCAAUUACUUGUAGCUUUCAAAAUAUUAAACACUCAUAUAAUGUUUUCAUGAUAAUAAUCUGUUGAUAUGAUUUGUAGUUAUAUAGAGCAUUUCAAGCUUGUUUUUUUUUAUAAACUUUGAAAUUGAAAUGUCAUAAUAAGAUGUGAAAUUGGUUGAUGUAAAUUUUAAUUUUUUUAAAUAAAAAUUUGAGGAAAAAAUGGAUAAGAUUUCAACUUUGGACAAGAGUUUCCAAUCUGUUAAAAAGCACUCUUAAUCUUUCACAAUAGAAAACGGUUGUUAAAUAUAUUGUUGAUUAGAGGUGACUUGUUUAAAUAAAUUUGGCUCUCAGAUGCAUGAUUUUAAUAGCAUAGCCCUGCCACUUUGGAUUGCUCAUCUUGAUGUGCUUAUUUUUCCUAAGCAUUAACUUGACUGGCUCAAAUCAUGUACUUGUUUUAUCUCCAGACUUUCAUGAGAUAUUUUUUUUUCUCUUGAUCAUGUUUGUGUUGUUCAAUAUGUUAUUUCUUUUUAUGUUAUUUAAAAUGCAUGUCCUGCUGUCUUCAGCUUUUGCCUUACAAUGGUUGUAAGAUAAAUAGGGAAAUACAAAUAAAAUAGGUUAUGGUGUUUUUUUGAAAAAAAACAACAACAUAUUUUUAGUACUAAAAUUCAAAGUAAUACUAAAGAAUAAAUUAAGAAUUUUCAAAUUAUUUGGUAACUCAUUGUUAACAUAAGCUGUACUAAGUGGUUGAUAUGUAAAACAUUUGUUAAGGAAUUAAUAUAAUUGAAUUUUUGAAACUCAACAAGGCGAUGGUGUUUAUCUAUCUCAUCUCAUUUGUCCCUUGACUUUUGUCGUAGAAGUGUUGUGACAGUCUGCAUAAAUCCCUCCACUUUCCCCAUUCAGCAGCUGUUCUCAGCAGGAUAUCGAAAGAGAGUCCGGUCCAUUCUUCUACGUUGUCCCACCAGCUUUUUUUUUUUUUUUUUGGACGACCCUUUCUUCAUGCUCCCUCCACUGUACCUUGAGGAUGAUAUCUAGGGGGACAGAAAAAAUAUGUUCACAUUUUGUUUCCUAGCAACAGAAUCCAACUUGGCUUCACCAACUGGCUUCCAGAAAAUAACUGAUGACAUGAAUCUUUUAAGUUUAAAUUUGUCAAAACAAGUGUUUAAAUAUAGGACAUGUUUCUAAGCUGAGGAGUAUGUUGGAUUGUUUUCACUGAAGUAACCAUUCACUUGCUUAUUCUUCUUUGAUCUGAACUAAGGCAUUAACAACUUUCAUUGGCAUUUGUUUUUUCAAUAGAGUAAAUUUGAAAUCUGUUUCUCUUUUUAAAGGUCAAGCAUCUCUUAAUUUUUUUUUUAUUUCAUUAUAUAUAUAUAUAUAUAUAUAUAAUAUAUAUAAAAAUAUAUGUAUAUAGGUCAUGACUAUGGAUUAAAAAAAAAAAGAUUUUGCUGGCAUUAAAUUAGGAGUAAUAUUUCAACAUUGCCUUUAGAAAACAUUUCUCGAACUGUAUUAUCACUGAAUCUAAGGUUAGAUUUGCUGCCAAACAAUGAUCAACCACUUCAACUUUCCAAUAUGACAUGUUGUUAUUGCAGCUAGGUGUACUUCCUAAGAUUUCCAACCGUCAACAGGUUUUCAACUCAAGGUUUCUUAUGUUCCUUACUUCUCAACCGCUGCAUCUCAGUCCCUGUAUUAUGAAUAUAUGUAAGGAUCGUAUCUUAUAAUUAUUGUAUCCCAAUUUAGUCAAUAUUAGAGAUGGCACGAUGAUUAGGCAUUAGUUUUCAGAUAAAUCUGGCCACACUUGUUUUAUGUGUGAAUUGCUUGAUAUCUGUCCCAUCAUAUGAAGUAAGAAAGGUGUUUGACUGGACAAUAUAGAUCUAUGAUUUGUAUGAGGUGAAUGCUGGCUACUGUUUUCUUUUUGUUACUUUAGGGGAGAGAGUUGAGUUUAGAGAAAUAUUUGAUAUUGUACUUUGUUUUGUCAUACUUUCAUCCAAUCCUAGUUUUUAUAUUUUCAUGUAAUGUUGCACAAGUGCUUUCACAAUGACUUUCUGUUUUGAGUUUUCAUCUUUCAUUGUAAAAAAAAAAUGUAUUAUGUUAUUUUGUGCUUUCUAAAAAGUGUAAAUUGUGAUGAAAGAAAAGAUGCAACUACAGAAAGACAAUAUCUUUUGCUUUGAUACUGAGUUUGGCCAGUUUCAAAUGGCUUUUACUUGUCAUGUGAUAUACGCUUGUCUGUUCAAAAUGACUCAUGAUAGUAUGUGUGUGUACAUGGGAUUUUGGUGUUGCAAGACCAACAAAGGUAGAAACUCAUUACUCAUUAAUGAGAUUUAUAUUUAAAAAACAACUAUGAUACAUAUAUAAUGCAUUUCACUCUUGGCAUAAUUAUUUUAUGUACAGUUAUUGUUUCGUGCUAUUAGCCAAUUAUUGUUUUGUCCACACCACUGAAGACAUGCUGCCAUAACAAUUUUGUGGCAGCAAAACAAAUUACAAUUUAGUCUUUCAGAUGUCAACAUUCUAUUUAUAGAUCAGUCACAUGACUUGCAAUUAACUUGGUGCCUUGAACAUAGAAAAAAUGGCACAACAUGACUGGACUUGCUUUAUAACUGUAUACCAGUGCAGGUUUUGUUUGCAGUCUAGCUGACUGGAGAAUGUUAUGUAAAUAUAUACAUAGAGAAUUUCUUGUUGAAAUCAGUGAUUGCUUAUAUAAUAAAAUAAAUCAGAGUUUUAUUUUUAAAAUAAAAAAAAAGUCUAUUGUAUAUUGUUAAAUAUAGUUACUUCUGAUUAUAUAGCAUUUUAUAUUACAUAUUAUAAUGUAAUUACAUUACCUAAUAUGUUACAGAACCUACUUUUAAUGUAAUUAUAACAAUUAGAAAAUUAUAGGAAUUACUUUUAAUGUAAUUACAUUAUAUUAAAAAAAUAUUUCUAUUGGAAUAUUAUUACAUUAUGUUAAUAAUUAUUCCCUUUACAUUAAUUAGCCUAUUUGCUUAACAUUUUUGUGAAUUUAUAUUCAAACAAAAUUGACAAUUAUGUUAAUGAAAUAUUAUGUUGAUAUGUUACUGAUAUGAUAAUUACUUUUUAUACUUUUUAAUGUAAGCGGAAUGUUAUUUCUGUCAGUGCCCUGUGAGCAGCUAAAUCUGUUGUAAAUUGCUUGUGAGGUGAGGUUCACUUCAAAAUGAUUCUCUCUAAUAGUCAACUUGAUUUGCCCAGUAUAGAAGGGAUGUAUAGUGCAUGUAUAUUUUUUGUUUCACUUUUACAAAGUCUGAAGUCUGAUGCCAUACACAAAUGUACUGCUAUAGUGCAAGUUAGGUUUUUAUUCAUGUUUCUGUGGUCAAAACAGAACUCAUGGUAAACUUGAUUUAAAGUUAACCUUUUAAGGGCAUGGCGACGGGGGUGAAAACUUCAAAUGAUAGGCCAGCUUUGAACAAACUGGCUAUAAAUGAAUCAGAACUAUGAAUUAUUAGUCUGAUUUGGCCUGUCACCCUUUCAGUUAUUAUCUGUCUACUACAAGACCUUUAAGGAAUGCCACUCUUAAAUACAAGUAUUAUUAGUAUAAUCAUUCUAUAAAAGUCACAUGAAAUGUUUGACCAACAUGAUCUAUUAUGGCUUUUUUUUUUACAUACAUUGUUUUAAUGUGCAGCCCCAAGUGUAAGUAAAUAAUUGAUGAAUGUCAGAGAUACAACAUUAUACUUGUAUACAUUUAUUAUCUGGGCAACUAAUAUGGAUGCACUUUAGCACAUUGAAUGAUUCUGAAUAAAACGUUUUUUUAUGGCGCCAUAUUGUUUUACUAGCGCCCUCUAUGCAAAGACUUUCUAAACUAAAUUGAGUGCUUCAUGUUGCUAAGGAAGUUUUCAUUUCAUUUCUCUCUUUGUUGGGGAAAACAUUAAACAAUCAGAGCUCUCCAA